AUGGUGACAGGGGUGUACCUAGCCCUGCUGGCCAUCGAGGACAACCAGACGGCCGAUGAAUAUUAUCGCUACGCGGUUGGGUGGCAGACCGGAUGGGGUUGCGCAACGGCUGGAUUUUUCGCCGUCUUUGCUUCACAACUCUCGAUUACUUCGAUGUUCUUCAUCGCUUUCGAAAUGGCCUAUAAUACCAGGAAGGCAAUCUACGGUCGCCGACUUGGCUGGGCUUCCGGAAUUCUGAUGCUUGCAAUCGGCUAUGUUUUAGCAGCCGUCAUGGCAGCCCUUCCGCUUUUUGGUAUCUCCAGCUACUCCACCUCCAGCAUUUGCCUGCCACUACGCGUCGAUACGCUCUGGGACAAGGACCCAGACGCUCCAAGCCGUCCAGAAGAUCGGGCGGUGAUCAAGAAAAUGGCGCUGCUCAUCGGGACCGACAUGAUUUGCUGGUUUCCCACCCUGUUCUUUGGCUUCACAGCCGCCCUCGGGUUCCCGCUGAUCUCGAUCUCGGACGCGAAGAUCUUCCUCGUCUUCUUCUUCCCGAUCAACUCGUUCAUGAACCCGUUUCUCUACGUGUUCUUCACAAAGUUU